UUCGGCGCUGCGCGCUCAGAUUUCCUGUUCUGGAGUUUUAGGCGCGUGGUGGAGAAGUUCGGCUCUCGCUUGCUCCUGCCAUGCGGCCCGGUUUUAGCCCCCGUGGUGGACGUGGUGGCUUUGGGGAUCGCGGAGGACGUGGUGGCUUUGGGGAUCGCGGAGGACGUGGUGGCUUUGGGGAUCGCGGAGGCCGAGGAGGCUUCCGAGGAGGUCGAGGAGGUGGAUUUAAGUCUCCUGGUGGUGGUGGAGGAGGUGGCGGCUUCCGUGGUGGUUUCCGAGGCGGCAGAGGAGGCGGUGGCCGAGGUGGUGGUGGCCGAGGAGGACGGGGUGGCUUCAGAGGAGGCAAAAAGGUGACAGUCGAGCCCCACAGGCAUGAAGGUGUCUUCAUCUGCAGAGGAAAAGAAGAUGCGCUGGUGACACGGAAUCUGGUACCUGGAGAGUCUGUGUACGGAGAGAAGAGGAUUUCUGUAGAGGAUGGUGAACUCAAGGUGGAAUACCGUGCUUGGAACCCCUUCCGAUCCAAGCUGGCUGCUGCCAUCCUGGGGGGCAUUGACCAGAUCCACAUCAAACCAGGUGCCAAAGUGUUAUACCUGGGGGCGGCAUCAGGGACGACUGUGUCUCACGUCUCUGACAUCGUUGGGCCGGAAGGCCUUGUCUACGCCGUGGAAUUCUCCCAUCGCUCAGGCCGCGACCUCAUUAACGUGGCAAAGAAACGCACGAACAUUAUCCCCGUCAUCGAGGAUGCACGACACCCGCACAAAUACCGCAUGUUGCUUGGCAUGGUGGACGUGAUCUUCGCAGAUGUGGCUCAGCCUGACCAGUCACGUAUUGUGGCGCUCAAUGCCCACAAUUUCUUGAAGAACGGUGGCCAUUUUGUCAUCUCCAUCAAGGCCAACUGCAUCGACUCGACAGCAGCCCCCGAAGCCGUCUUUGCGUCAGAGGUGAAGAAAAUGCAGCAGGAGAACAUGAAACCCCAGGAGCAGUUGACUUUGGAGCCGUAUGAGCGAGACCACGCUGUGGUGGUUGGCAUGUACAGGCCGCCACCAAAACAGAAGAAAUAAAAGUGCAGAAACGGUUGGCGUUCCUCGUGGCAGCGCUUUAGGUCAGCGUGGCUUCUCUUGCCACUUUGUGAGACAGGACUUUUUCUCCAGACGGGUCUCCGCUUCUUAAAGGGCCAAUCUCUCAUGCGGAGGUGUUGUUCUGCAGCAUUCUCAA